AUGACUUCAACAGAAAAUAAAACAGUUUUUUAUCCAUCUUAUCAAACAGCAAAAUAUUACAAAUUUUAUGGAGUAUUUCACUUCCAUUGGGAGUAUAUUGUCUAUGGAUUAGUUGGUUAUUACGCACUUUGCUUCUUAUUAUUUAUUCCGAUUGGAAUUCUUGCAAAAAAUCAUCCAAACAGAUAUUAUAGGGCAGGUAUAUCAUGUAAGUGUUGCUACAAGAGUUGUAUCAAAGAAUAUUUUGCUGCUGAGCGACAUUACAAGCAACAUCCGACAACUUGCAUUUAUUGUGCAACGUGCUGCAAGAAUCCAUUUGAUUUGCUGUUUGUAACUACUUCUAGAGGUAGACAUCUUAGUUUAGAUUCUGUUUGCAAGGUUUUCUUAAUUCCAAUUUUUUAUGUUAUUUUAUGGGUAGUUUUCCUUUUGUUUGUCGAAAUACAUGUUCUUAUUAACUUAUUGAUUCAUUCUAAUACUGAUGAAAUAAAUUUCGAAAUCAAUUUUUGUCCAGAAGACAGUGAAGCUAUGCCUGUUCAAAGUGUAACACCUUCUUAUAAUGUUAAUGAAGAAAAUGUUACUCAACAGCCACUAAUUGACAAUCCUUAUCAAUAA